AUGAAGAAGAUUUCUGUACAGAACAUUAUCAACUCAUCUGCUCGUCUCGUCGGCGUGCCCAACCCCUGGGCCGUUCUUUACAAUGAGAAAAAGCCAAAGCUGUGGCCAGAAUUGCAGCACACUCCCACUCACAACUCGGGCUCUGAACAUGUCAAUGGCCCCGGGAUCGAAGCUAAGCCCCCCAUUAAACCAGCACUCCCACGAUAUGAGGCACUCUCAUACGUGUGGGGCGCGAGGGAGAAGAAGAAAAGAUAUGUCUACAUCAAAGGCAGUGGCCACUGGCGGAGCGUCAAAGUAUCGCAAAGGAUAUCGAUAACGCACAAUCUGGAUAUCGCUAUCCGCCAUCUGCGGUAUCUUGACGGCCCACGAUAUAUGUGGAUUGAUGCGCUAUGUAUAAAUCAAAAGGACGACAAUGAGAAAAGCCACCAGAUCCCAAUCAUGUGGCAGAUCUACAAGCUCGCCAAGUGUGUUGUCGUCUGGCUGGGACCCGAAGGAAACGACAGCAACUACGCGUUGACGAUGCUGGACUCGAUAGCACGGAAAGUGAUUGUGGAUUGGCCAACACAGACUAUGCGCCCCCUGGACCCGGUGUCCGGGCGCGAAUGGGCAGAUGCCGGACAGCCACUCCCUUUCGGUGAGUGGGAGAUGCUCUCUCUCUGCUGUUUGUACCAGAGGCCGUGGUUCGAGCGGACUUGGGUCCGGCAGGAGAUUCAUGCUGCGACGCGCGCUAUUGUGAAGUGUGGAAGCCAGAAGAUUUCGUGGGACGCGUUCCAGGCCGGUGUGUUCUGCAUUUCUAGGAAACAAGUUGGGGCCGGUGUGCUUGGUGAUUUCGCUGCUGAUUGGAAUAGGCUGCAGACCCAGGCCUUUGGGCUCUGCCAACCCCUCGACGGCCUGCUACGCUUUGAGCACCUCCAUAUAUACCUCCGGCACACCAAAUGCGCAGAUCCACGCGACAUGAUCUACGCAGCACUCAGCCUGCUGAACCCAACGGAUCGCAGCAUGGGAGUGCAGCCGGACUACUCACGGACAACCAAGAAUGUGUACUUGGAUGUGGUUCAGCGUCUACUCGACGGGCGGCACACGACCUCCUUCCUUGCCUCAUGCGAGCAUGUCUCCAUGCCGACCUCCAAGUUACCGAGCUGGGUGCCCGACUGGUCAGCUCCGCUGAAAACCCUGGCCACCACUUCUGGCUGUUGGAGCGCUUGUGCAUGGAUCUCAGCCCAAGCCAAAAUUCUCGACGAACGCGUUCUACGUUGCUCCGGAAUCCGAGUUGAUGUGGUCCGAGGAGCUCAAAGCUCGACAUUCGGGGAGCAUAGUUUCACGUUAGGCGAACUCCUCGACUUCAUCAAGGAGGUCCAACCAGCACAGAAGACAUGGGGUGAUGAGUAUCACGGCGGACACAUGGGGUUAAGCGUUAUGGAGGCCUACUGCCGGGCUCUCAUCUCCAAUCGGUUUGCAGAUACAAAUUUGCCACUCUAUGAGGAUUGGCCAAGUUUUCUACCCUCCGAAUUAUUAUUGAAGUUGAUCUGGACAUCGGAAGGCGACUGGAGCGCGUCCACAGACCUGUCGCUUCAAUUGACCUUGGACAAGUACCUCAGUCGAUGUCACAGUAAUCUAGUGGGACGAUGCUUCUUUACAACGGCCACUGGCUACGUUGGAGUUGGGCCUUCAGAAGCCCAGCCCGGCGAUGUGGUCUGCGUACUGCUUGGCUGCUAUAGUCCUCUACUCCUUCGACCUUGUUAUGACGAAUCAGCCCGCAAGUGGAAGGUUGUCGGCCCUUGCUAUGUACAGGGCCUCAUGGCUGGUGAGGCUAUACACAAGAAUCUGCCUUCACAUAUAAAACCCGUGGUGCACUCAAAGGAUGAGGGCUUUAUUGACGGAUAUAAUUGGGCUCUGCACGAUACACGAACCGGGAGGUUGCAAACAGACCCGGCCAAGGUUCUUGGCGACUUCGGCAUUCAGCCUUCAAAAUACCAGAGGUCGCCGCAUGUACUUCAGGUGGCAACGGAGGCACUACGAAUGGCCGGAUUGGAUCUGGAAGACCUGGACCUAAUAUGA